AGACGAAGCUAUGGUGGCCUUCAAGGGUAGACUUGCCUUCAGACAGUACUUGCCAGCCAAGCCCACCGAGUACGGAAUCAAGGUGUGGAUGAGGGCAGACCCAGAGAACGGUUACGUCAGUGAUUUCCAGGUGUACACCGGCAAGGAGAACCGUACGGCAGAAGGUGGACUCGGUUCCAGAGUCGUCAUGGACAUGAUCUCCGGUGUGGAGAACAGGCAUCACAUUGGGAACUGUGACAAUUUUUGGAUGAGUCCUCAACUCGGUCAGAGUCUACUCGACGUCGGCACAUAUGCAAGAGGCACUGUCAGGAGCAACAGGAAGGACUUUCCGAGUUCCAUUCUACCCUCCAAGUGUGUAAAGAAGAGGAGACAUGGUGGUCGCACAGAAGGGAGAUUUGGUGGCAGUCGCGUGGAAGGACAAAAAGGUUGUGAACCUGCUUUCCACAGCUGACGAUGCUGUUGCCAUUCGGUCUACUGUCUCCAGAAAGAAGAAAGAUGGCACUAUGGUCAAAGUCCCCUGUCCUACCGUCGUGAAGCAGUACAACGACCACAUGA